AUCAAACAUCUUGAAAUGCUUGUUUUGUCCGACCAACAGUCCCAAACCCCCAAAUUUUCAAUUCACUAUAAUGGAAGACCCAGAAAUGCAGCAGAUUCUUACAUCUGAGUACAUUUGAGAACCGGGAGCCAUCAGAUAUUUGGUCUUUUUGCUUUAAAAUUACUGAAAUUAUUUCUCUAUUAUGAAAUGACUACUCGAUGAAGAAACCAAUCGUUUCAGCUCUAGUCCAUUCCUAACAGUUCAAAGGCAGUGAUCACUGUUAAUGAUGAUUUUGCUUCAUCUUCUGUACCAGAAGCUUAGCUAUUGUAAUAUAUGAACAUUACAAACACUAAAUAAUGUGUGCAUUAUAUAAUAAUUGGAAAUUACUGUAUUGACUAUAACAGUGUGAAAAGACCUCUAAAGGUGCAUUUAGACCGAGGGACUCUGAAACCACUGAGGCCCAUAAUACUAAUUAAAAUAUUUGAGCAUACUUGUGUGGAAUGUGACGGGUCAGUGCCAGUCUAAGUCUAAUUGAAGAGGGCUUGACUUACAUUCUCAUGCUCUUUUUUUAGUCCACUGGAUGUUUUGUCUUUUUGGAGAUUGAUAUCUUGAAAAGAGGAAUUCUGAGCAUUGAAUUUUGAGAUGAGUUGCAGCACUAAAGGUUCUGGUCCGUCACCCAAAUGCCCGAAAGUCGCACAUAAGCAUAGAUAAUCUUUUUUCUGUUACAUGGCUCUCUAAUAAGGAGAAUUAUUGUGUUUGCACACUGCUGUACAGGUCUAAAUGAGAGUUUGUGAUGGCACAACUUGGUAUACUUCUUUGGACUUUGCAUGGAAAGAAUAUGUGCAUUCAGCAAACCUUCUCUGCACAAAAAAUGGAUAAAACUGUCCUGUCUUUAUGGAGGUUUUUGGAUUGAUACAGUCCCUGGAAACACAUCCUAAAGAUGUCCAAAACCAUCUGAACCCUUCCUGUGGUUUGACUCUAUUUUGACUACAAGUGUUACAGCUGUUCUAGUCUCCAGUCUUAGUCACUUGAAUGGCCUGGUUGGAUGUCAGAUGUUUCACUGACCAGUUUCAGGGGGGUCACCAUCAUGACGUCAACCAAGAGCACAGCUGACUGUCAACUGAUCCAGCACAAGUUUCAGAUGUGGUUACCUUUGCCCAGAAACCCAGACCAGCAAGUGCCUAUUUUGACAAAUGAGUGGCCUUGUUUGUCUUAAAAUCAAAAAGAAAGAAAUCCUGCACGAAUAACUCCCAUCACUUGAGGAAGCUGAGAAUAGCAAUUAAAGUCACUCAUUCAUGAUGUUGGUCAUUUCAUCUAAAACUGCUGGCAUUUCAUUUCAUAUUGUUGUUUUUUACCUAUGAAUAGCACUGAGUCUGAAUCACUGAAAAGGCUGGCUGUCUCUCUCUUGCUCUUGAACAGACUGGGUGAAUGAAAACUCUGGUUCUGUUCACAUGGUUGCCACUGCUCCUGGCGCUCUGAAUGGUAGUGACACAGUCCAAGUUGCACGUCCCCCUCCUUGCCCUCCUCUCCUUUCUCGACGUCUGCUUGCUUGGUUGGUUAAAACACUGAGCAUUAGUGGGCGUGAGCAUGUGUGUGUGUGGUGGUGUUCCUAGGGCGCAUGCGAACUGAGGCCCAAAGGGGAAAGCCUUCCACACAGAUCUAAGCCAGCUGCCCUGAUUUAAACACUUCAUUGCAAGCAGAGUGAAAGAGAGGGGGAAUCCGCAUGCAUCCCCCUACCAGUGUGCUCAAAGUUUGCUGGCAAAGCAGCUGCCAGCUCUACAAACAGCAGACGAGCAGCUACAAAUGGUAGAUUUAGACAUUUGCUGUUUGGCAGAAGCUCGCCCAGGAGGUCUCCUGCUUCAGAUUCUUAUUCUCAAAGGGCACUUGCUGCCCUGAAAGGGGGGUUGUAAAGCAAAGUGACCUCUGAGGUUAAGUAGAAUCAUUUUUUGUGAAGCUCUGUGGAGGAGGGGAGGAGGGAACAGGCAACAGUUAGUGGGAGGCCACGGUGGGGCUCCUGCACUGCUCAAGAAGGAGACGAAGCAGUCGCCGGGAAGCGGGGUAAGAGGAGGAGAUGGCCACAGGAGAAAUCACAACACUUCCCUCCACACCUGAAGAUGGUGGCAGUGGCAGCUUUCCUCCUGGGAGCUUCAAGGAUCCCAAAAGGCUGUACUGUAAAAACGGGGGCUUCUUCUUGAGGAUAAAGUCUGACGGGGGAGUGGAUGGAAUCCGGGAGAAGAACGACCCCCACAUAAAGCUUCAACUGCAGGCGACCUCAGUCGGGGAGGUGGUUAUCAAAGGGGUUUGUGCUAACCGCUAUCUGGCGAUGAACAGAGAUGGACGACUGUUUGGAGUGAGACGAGCAACAGAUGAAUGCUACUUCUUAGAGCGGCUUGAGAGCAACAACUACAACACCUACCGCUCCAGGAAGUACCCGAACAUGUACGUGGCACUGAAGCGGACUGGCCAGUACAAGUCUGGAAACAAAACAGGACCGGGUCAGAAGGCCAUUCUCUUUCUUCCAAUGUCUGCCAAGUCCUAAUCUGGGAUCGGGGGAAGAAAUAUUAACGUCUUAGUGGCAAUGACAAAGAAGAAGAUGUGACGGCAAUGAAGACAAAGUGUUCCAUCAACAUUGCCCAAAAUAGCUGUGAUGCUUUCUGACUGUUUUAUUCUAUCAGUUAUUUAUCCUGAUGUGCUCUUAUUCAGCUUUACUUUCAAACUGUGGCACACAUUCACACCUUGCUGCUUCCCAGUAAAACCAGGCCUUUACUGUGGACCAGCCAACAGCUACACUUGAGCAAUUAGAGCCAGGUGCCUUGCUCAAGUGCACCCCAACAGUAUGGCAGCAUAGCAUUAUCUGUUUAUUUUCGCAAAAAACUACAAUCUUCCCUCUGAGGGAUUUAAACCAGCUACCUUGUGAUCACAAGUCUGCCUGUUAACCUUCAGUUUAUGACCGUGUAAACUGCAGUCUGAAUGUAACUGCAGGAUAGAGGACACACAGAGGAGCAUUUUGUUUAAAGAUGUCUCCUAGAAAGUUAGGGUUUAGAAAGUUCACUCAAAUUAUAAGUUACUGAAACUUGAAGAUAAGACAGGAGAAGGGAUUGAAGUAAAUUACCGAGUUUUGUACUUGUGGUACAGAGUUAAAAAAAUAAGCAUGCCUAACACACUAAAAUGAAAACCCAAGCACUAACUAUACUUUUUUUUUUUUUUACACUCCUCAGUAUCUUAACACAAUUAAUGGAAACUUAAUAGGUUUCCUGAGCUUGUCUUUGUUUUCUGAUAAACUUGCAAUUCCCUUUCUCUCUUGUAUAAUUUGAGAUUUGUGCAAAAAGUCUAAUCUUCCGUCGCACUGGAACAGAACGUAUAAAUACAAAAUAAUUGUGGUGAAUGAUGUUCAGUUCAAUGACAGGCAGUUAACUUAAAUGAAAAUAUGAUUUUGUUUUUUUUUUAAACAAGCCAAUGGGCUAGUUUAGCAGGGCAGCCAAUAUUAAUAUGGCAACUACUAGCCACUAGCGUUAGCUUCUGCUAAUAGAUGGUCAACUGACACUGGUGGUUAGCUUGUUAAAAAGCUGAAAUUAGCUUAAGUCAACACCGAUCAUGAAAUGAUCUGUUCCCA